CCCAACAGCUUCAAAGCGCGUGCGACUCGGAGCAGCAAGCGAUAGGCCUAGCGCUCGUAAACAGGGCCGCGAUCGCGGAGCAGACGACACUUGUUCGAGCGUCGUCGCACUAUACACAGGCCUGUCUAUCCGCUCGCGCUUGGAGGGCUGUUUCGCUUUCUGUUGUUCGCUCGUCCUCUCGCCUACAAUAAUCCAGGGGCGUCGUAAUCUUAUCUGCGGGCUAUCAUGAACCGCGUUAUCUUGGCGCCCGAGGCGACGAUGUCGUCCCGUCAAUUGACGCGAGAGAGCAACUGCGAACAGAGGGAGAAGCGACAGCAGCACCUAGACAGUGCGGAGGCCAUGCAGGUUCGCCAGCGGCUGAUCAAGGUGGCGCGCAGGUUGGGGCUGGUGUUCGGCGUACGCUCCAGGUCGACGGCCGAGGAGACGCUGGUGAUCCGAUCGUCAAUGCGAAAAUCGCCGGCCGCCGCGGCUGGAGCCAGGCCAGCGAACAAGGCCAAGAAGACGGUGCGCUUCGAUGAUACCAUGCCGAAGUCCUCUUCCAAGAAGAUGGUCAAGCGCACCGUCAUCAAGUGCUGUCGCUACGUCAGCCUGGGCGCUCUCUGCUCCUCUCCCGUGCUGGUGACGUCGUUCCCCACCGAGCCGAACCUGGCGACGUCGCACCGCUCCUCCUGGUCCGCAUGGACGGAGCCCGUCACGUGGUCUCACGGCUCGCAGCUGUACAUGUGAUGCCGCCGCACCGUGGCCCACGGUCAAAACCGUGCCUCGCGACUUCUCGAUUGUGCGUGGAGAACUGCUCGUUCGUCGACGUCUCCGCCAGGCAGCAGAGACGUGUUUCUCCGUGUACGAACGCAACGUCUCUUGUCUGUUCAGUUGCCUCAGUAGCCCACAUUCCCUCAUGUUCGGUUGUUAUUUCGCCAGUGAUGUUCUACGAGUGUCGUUGGAGAUGGCUGAGCUUGCUGGUUCGGCAUUGUGAUAAAUCGCAGCGCACAUAUGCAUAGACAGACGAAAAGAAAGAGGGAAGGAACGAAAGACGCACAAUUGAGCGUUUUCUAUGGUAAAAAAAAAUUAUUUUCAGCAUUUCUGUGUAAGUUUACUGUAUAUAUAUGGGCAGCUGAUUGUUGAAUAAACCUUUGUCGCUAGUCAGCGAUCGCGUGUGAUAUCUCCUUUUUUUGGUCUGUGCGUCUCUGCGCUACGAUUUAUCAUGGUGUUCUACGAAUUCUAUUAUCGACGUUCUAUACCACUUCUCUUAACUACCGAGUCCACCUAGUGUGGCCGUAUUUCGCCUAGUUAGGCCACGUCCAUAUAUGGAAAAAUGUGAUAGUGUAACUUUACGUACGUCGACAAAUACGAUGGUGACCUACUCUAGGCCAGGAGUGAAGACGGUUCGUACAUAGUUUUCCCCUGUUCUAUACUUAAGUUCGUAAAACAUGUUUGUUGCCUCCGGACACUCUUUUAUAUACUGUAUUUCUCCGUAUUCGCACUCGUUAAAAUCUUCGUCACGAUAUAUUCGAUCAAAAGGCGACAACAUACAACGCCUCUCGCCAAAUGGGACCUUGUACAGUUUUGUUGUAUGGCUUGCCGCAGUUAUCGGUCGCCAUCUUGUGGCCCUCCGCACUGCUGCCUUGUGCGUAUUGAUUGAUAUUGCCCUUCUAUGCAGCUCGUUCCCCACUUUUGGGGUGUUCACUAGUGUCAACUUCUCCUAUGGUGAACUUUCGCCGUCUUCUAAAUCUAUCAUUGCCUCUUUCUUUUGUUCGCAGAUCUGCAUAACCCGCGCCUCUUAGCAUCGCUUUGCGAAAACAGCUAUCUUUACUCAGACUUCUGAUGCAGUGUGCGUGACGUUGACGGUUUCUUUGAUUUGUGCACACAUUUCACCAUUCCAGCACAUCGACAGCUGCAAGCACUCCUCCAGUCCUAGAAGUAUAGUCGUACGUGUUGAGCAUCUUUCUGUUAUCUCGAUAUAACGUCGCCCAUCGUACACCGGUGUUCUCCGUCCCUAGGGCCGCCAGCUUGUCUUGUCAUUAUACACUAACCUGCGUUUUUAUUGUAACAAUUGCAGAAGAGGUUUUCGAGCUUACCGCGUACUGUUCUGUUGUCGCUCAAAUUGCAUUUCUGUUCCCCCCUUUCUUCUUUUUUUCUUUUCGUCGUCUACAUCGUUCGCUAAUACAUUUGUCCCCCUUUGUUGCUUGCCUGGUUCGUCAUAAAAGAAAAAAAUGCGCGUGUGCCUUUACGUGCACCCUUCGCCAUCGGAUGAGAGAGCAGCUGUUGCUGAGACGUGAGGUUUUUUUUUUUUUUUUUCCCCAUCGCACAACUGCUGGUUCGCCUGGUCUUAUGACCAGACGAACCAAGCAAACAACAAAUUCCAUGCGCAUUGAUAUGAACGACUGAACGAUGCGGAUCCAAAAAUGCACCCUUGUUGGGAAAUUCGAGCAAAAAUGAAAAGAAAAGAAAGCAGUGGUGACCCAGAAAUCUGCUUGAAGUUUGAUUGAAGCGCCAUUAGACAGGGAACACAAAUAGGGCGGUAGACAAGCCAGCGCUUUCCUGUCGUGCGCCGCCCUGUCUACCUUCCUAUUUGUGUCCCCGUCUUAUGUGCUCUUCAAUCAUACUUCAAACAUGAACUCCAACCAACUAGCCCAGGCUCGCCGUCUUCUUGCAGAAACCUGCUUUUUGAUAUUCUUGAAAUGAAACGCAAGUCACUUUGUACCGUGUAUAUCUUUACUGACGAACAACGGGAAGUGCGAUGUUUCUUUUGAUUUUGCGUUUUACGAUUAGGUGAAACGUCCCGAAUAAUAAGGAAACAAAGAUGGCGGUGUUGCCCAACAUGUGGAGCAACGGCGGCGAUAUCUGUAAUAUUGCCCGCUGUAAAAAACGCACGCCGCUUCGAGCGCUAUCAGUGGCCGUAAGAAUUCGCGCCCGCGGCUAUAAGCAAUCUGCGAUUCUCUGCAGCUCAAACCGCGCGCAGCGCAAGCAAGAAGUCGCUGAAAAUCGUACAGGUCAGACGAAGCUUCACUCAUGUAGUUCAGAGCACAUGGCGGUAUACUGUAGGUGUCCUCGUAGCAGACGUACUGAAAGUUAAAAUUGCGCCGUUGAUGUGGGUUCAUUUCUCACCACACGAAGCGAACGAAUACAGAAAAAGAAACGUAGAGAGAGAGAAAGAAAUAUAUUUAAUACACCAGGUAUGUGCCCCAUUGCAAGCAUCUGGCUUGAUGUCAUACCAGUUUGGGAGGUUUUCCCGCUACCGAGGAGCCAACGAACGAGGCUAAUUUUGGGCCUUUCGUGGUCAAACAAGUUAGCUAGUAGCUCACAAUGUUUCUGAAUUGAAAUCGAGGAGGCCUCUUUAUCAGUUCGGCCAUCUGUUGUCUGGGGGUUAUCUGUUAUACUGUCCCAACCAAUAGCCGCAGUCGUCACACCUAGUACACCUGAACAACAUUUCUCUUUACUGAUCCGUUUUUGCUAUACUAGAGUGUAAAAGUAAACGAGUUUUCGUACCUAGUUCUUUUGAUGUAAUGCUAGCACAUUUUUUUUUCCCCUACUGUUGCUGACCUUCGUGUCCGUUGAUAAGGGUCAGCGAACCAAGGUUCAAGGAUGCAUAGAUAACGCUGAAUAUGUUCGAUGAAGACCGAACAGUGUCUAAAUUGUCUAAAAAAUGUGGUUCGCAAACCCAGGUGCUGUCCGAUGAUAAUGGUGAUGCGGUAACUUCAAUACAUUCGCCGUAUAGUUUUCAUCUAUUGUGCUUUUUCGUGUGUGUAAUUAUACAAUGCCAGUAUCUUUUGCUGCAUUGUGCCAGGUUCUAUAUUAUUAUCAUCCUAGUUACAAACUUCAAACGCUGAACAUGUUGCGCGAAGCUGAGAUUGCUCGCAUGUUCUGUACAUAUCUGUAGAUAGAACGCAAACUUGUUUUUGUAUAGUGUGAAAUGCGUGGUUUAUUGAUUGUUCGGCUGCCAAAGUUGGUGCCUGAAUCUUGUUUCGGAGCAUCGGCAGUGAUUGAAACGAGCGGGUUCCUGUUGAUUGAAUUGAUCGGAAAUCCUUGGGUUGUGUGGAAGAUUGAACUGCUCGAACUGAAUGCGCGUGGUUUGUUUGUUUCAAAUAAAAGUGUGUGUGUGUUA